AUGGGCGAGGAAAUGCCCUCUCAAAGAGCGCUCUGCGAGAUCAUAUCUGAUCUCUUUACCAGCGUAAAGAAUGAGCUUCUUUCAAGCCACCCAAUGGAGCUGCCGGAGGAAAAUUUCCAGCCAAACCAGGACAAGAUGAAUUUCUCUACACUCAUCCAGGGUCUUCAUGCUCUGCUGAAACUGCAGAUGGAGUACAGGGCAGCUAGAAAGAUCCAGCGUCUGCCGUUCUUGCAGAGUUCAAACCUGGCUGUGCUGCGAUGCGAUGACGAGUCCAUCGGCUUUGAGGACAUGCUCAACGAUCCAUUCCAGAGUGAAAUGAUGGGCGAGCCACACAUCAUGGGCUGCAGCUCUCCUCCUGCAGUAAUGACUCCAGCUCUUCCUGAGCAGGCGGAGCUGGGAGCCCUGAAGCCCAGCAGCAGCCCGUCUGCUCCGAAGAAACGCCUCCGAGUCUGA